AUGUUACCCCAAGCAUAAUAAAACCUUAUUCCAAAGAAGAAGAUUGAACAUUAUACUUAUUUAAUGCAUGAGCAGAUUGGGCGAGGAUACAGUUCUAAGGUGUAUAAGGGGAAGGAUGAGAAUACAGGAGAAGUUGUGGCAGUAAAAGUGAUUGAUGUGAAAGCCAUCAGCAAUGAAAUCGAGAGAUAGCUCAUCAAUUAAGAGAUAAAUGCACUUAAGUUAAUAUAGUCAGUCAAUGUUAUCAAAUUGCAUGAUUAUUAUCAUACCAACAACAAUACCUACAUAAUUACUGAAUAUUGCAAUUAAGGGGAUUUAGGCAAGCUCAUCCAAUAGCAGGGCAUAAUACCUGAGGUAGAGGCCUUUAAAAUAUUGAGACAUAUUAUCAACGGAUUUAAGGAGUAAAUAAGGAAGGGUGUCAUUCACAGGGACAUCAAACCAACCAAUAUCCUGAUAAAGAAUUCAGUUCCCAAAUUGGCUGAUUAUGGUUUCUCUAAAAUGAUUAAGGCUCCCAAAGAGAAGGUAUUUUAUAAAGUGGGCACUCCUAUUUACAUGAGUCCUGAAAGUUAUUUAGAGAAUAAAUAUUCAGAGAAGACUGACAUUUGGAGCAUUGGAGUUGUCUAUUAUCAAAUGCUUUAUGGUUAAUGUCCAUGGGUAAUCAACAAUGAAAGCGAAUUUCAAGAAUCUGUAUCGCAAUUGCAUUUUAACCGAAAUGUACCCAUAUCUGAAGAGUCCAAGGAUUUCUUAAGGAGAGCCUUAUAAGUCGAUGAAAAUCAACGGUUGUCUCUGGCUGACAUUGAUUAGCAUCCGCUGUUCUUGCGUCGUAACACUACUGCUCUCAAUAAAAUGAGAGGAGCAUUGGUGAGUAAUUCAUUCAAUAAAUCAAUCACAAAUAUGAAUGUUGUCAGAGUUAAUCAAACCCAGCAAUGUACAAGGAGUGGUUCUACUUCGCAUAAGCAUUAAAAAUCUAAUCAAAUUAAGGAGAAGAUUGGAACUGUUGUAUAGCAUACAUACUAAAGCUUUCAUUAUGAAUCUCAAGCUGAAGAGGUGAUUUGUAAUUUCCUGAAUCAAUGCAAAUUUAUCUAUCGGACUUGUCAAUUGAUUGAUCAUAUCAAGUAUUUGCAAUCUCCAAGGUUGAGAGAGAAGAUUAUGGGAUAUUUUGGGAAGGAAGUGAUGGACAUAAUGAAUAAACUAAAAGAAGCAUAUGAGAAAGGAGUCAACAACAUUAAAGUGAUCAAUUUCAAUCAUUAAUUUGUGGUAGCCAUUCUAAAUAAGUAUGCAUUUAGAGAAGCCUAUUUGAAAUAUAAAGAAUUUUAUGGUAUGUCAUUGUUGGGUGACAUAUCUGCUCUAAAGGAUGUGAUUAGAGAGUUGAACCAUUAGCUUAGAAUAAACGAACAAAACGAAACUGGUAUUUUGUUACUGGAUUACCUAACCUAUUAUUACUAAGUGAUUGUAAGUAAUAAUGCUUAAUAAUUCUUGGAUGGCAAACCAAUGAAUGAAAUUACCCCUAGUCAUUAUUAAGAAAUUAGAGUGAAAAUAUAUAAUUUAGAAAUAUGA